UUUUUAUUGUAUUAGUAGUCGUGAAUUACGAUUAUAUAGAUUUAUAAAAUAUUAUCACAUUUUUAAAUUCAUAAUUUAUUUUAAUCUUGUGAAUGUUUGUACAUUGUUUUAAAUUUAUUUAAUAAUUUUAAAACAUGUGCAAUCUCCUCUACGACUUCAUAUUUUUUUAACUUUAUCGCAUAAAAUGGAUAAAAAUAAUCCAAAUGAAUAAGGAAAACUUAUUUUUUCAAAAUGUAUGAUGCUCUCCAUUCUAACAAUGGCAAUUUGAAGGAUUCAACUCUAGAAGAUUUAUCAAAACUUAAAUUAUCGAAUGAUAGUUCUAAUUCUUCUCCUAAGAAUGAUGGAAAAGUAAAUUCUGAGUUAUCAGAAUCAUUUUUGAAGGGGAUAACCCCUGAAAAUUACGGCAAGUUUUGCGAAUUGUUCUCGAAGGCGUUGUUUAAUUCAAGGAAUUCUCAACCUUGUCAUGAUUUUGAAAAUAAUGAUGAUUUGAAUUGUACAUUGGGACAGAGCCAGGAUGAAGGAGAAGAAUUUGAAGAUGACUAUGAGUAUGUGGAGGAGGAGUUUGAUGAUUUCUUUUGGGGCUCAUUGGAAUGGUUUGUAAGCGUUUUAGACGAAUUAAACAGAUUUGAAUCACUAGGUUUCGGAAUAAGUUUUCUGUACAGUAACCUUAAAACAUAUUCAGAUUCUUUGGAACAAAAUGAGUUACUCGAAGACAGUGAAGUAUUGAACCAAAUUUCAAACCUUAAGAAGUGGAUUGACUUUAUAAACAUAUUCAGGGAUGCAAACAGUUCGAUUUAUACAACAUAUUUGUUACUGGAUAGGAUGGAAAUGAAGCUUAACUACAUAAAAUAUAAGUCUAUUAAAAUUUUACACCUUAAACUAAGUAAUACACAUAAAUCUUCUGGGUCUAACAGUAGUAUAAGUAGUAAGGUUAUGCAGCCGAGUAACGUAUUUAGUCCUCUUAAUAGUCCAUUUGACCACUUUGACUACACUCCAAUCAAUACACCCUCAAGUACUACCACGACUUUCAGUGAUAGGAGUGAUAUUGACUUUCUGUGCGAAAUGUGGGAUACGAAACUGUGUAAAAUGAGGAUAAUUGUUUACAAUAAGUUCCGCAGAUAUAUAAUUGGGAUAAUUAAGCAGUUGAAACACCUGUACCCAACUAACAACUACUACAACCUCGUACACUUUAUACUAUACAAUAGUAGUAAACAGAGUUUAGAAAAAUCUGACCUUGCAACGGGAGAAGUUACUGAUAAAACCAGCUCUGCCUGUAAUGAUGUGGAUUUUGUUAAAGGCGAUUCUGUGAGUUCUCAAUUAGAGCCUGAGCCAGGUGAGGAUAUCCUGGAUUACCUGAAGAGAUAUUACGCGUCUAAGAACAUGAGCGAGGAGAAGGCAGAAAGUUAUGUUAGAAGAAUAAUUGACUUGACUAACAGAUUAAUACCUAAAUUUGUCAAAAUAAUCAAGAAACUACCAGUAUAUUAUGAAGCUUACUUAAACGCACUAGUGUGUAACAAUAUACAGGAUGGGAUGUUUCAGCUCAUAUCUUCAUCAACAACAGAUAGUAGUGCAGCUAACCUCAACUAUAAGGAAAAGGAUAGUUAUAGAGAGGGGAGAGAUUCGUCAAGGGAGGAUUCUAGUGAUUAUAAGUGGUGGUUUUACAAGUUAAACUUGGUAAUGGUGUUGGGUAGAACUAAUUUGGAGCUUAUAGACAUGGUAAGGUGUUCUUUUGGUGAAUCUAGAAAGCUCGUAGUUUUUACACAAGGAACGUUAAAGGAACUUUUUAACUCAACAACACACAAUUAUUCAAGUGAUAUGUACAUGUUUAAGGACCCACUCAGGGAUAAGGAUACACUCAUCAAGAGUGACCGGGAGGAUAAAAACCAAAAGGAGGAUGAGGAGAUUCUGAACACAAUUUAUUACUCAUACAACAACUUAAAUCAAGUUUUAAGUGAAGAAAUAGAUAAGUUUAUACUCUUACAGCUUCCCUCUUUUACCUGGUAUCCCAAAUUGAUCAAGCACCAACUGCCGCUAAGCUCUAGUCAAACCUUCAACUAUCCAACUAAUUGUGAUGAUUUGGGUUUGGGAACUGAUUUGUUGACUUCACGCUCCACAGAAUCAGAGUAUGUUGAGUACCUAACAUUGGAGGAGAAGGUCUGGGUUAAUAGGCUUAACAUGUUCAACAGAGUAAAUGAGCGGAACAUACGUAAUUUCUUGUUGAAGAGGAAUAAUAACAUACCCCAGACCAUUCGAUAUGAUUCCUCAGGUCUUAUAAACACACAAACUGUUCCAUUUAACGUACUGCUAGACUAUAAUAAUUAUAUACCAAUCAAGUAUAUUUAUAGCCCGGAAGAUGAUGGAGAUAAGGAGAAUGAGUUGCAGAGAACUGGAAGUAUGAGUUCUAAUCAUAUUAACGGUAGAGCAGAUAGGAAUAACAGAAAGGAUAAGGAUGAGGAAAAUGACUGGCUAAUAAGGCUUUUCAACAAUAAUAAUAACAAGAUAAUGAAAAGUAACUGCAUAGAUAUAGAGAUUGAAAGGGAUUUGUUUCCAGGAUUUUAUCUGUUUAAUAAUUUUAAACUCAACUGCCUAAUACUGCCUAUACACGAGAACACCUUCCAAAGCCAUGAAACAUUCAUUAACUUCUCAAAAUUGGUUAACAACAAGGUUGAACUUAUAUAUCCCUCAUACUCUAAGCAAAUUAGUAAAAUAAUAUUUAAUAUGAACAGAAAUCAUAUGAAGUCUGGUUCUAUGGUGAUGGAUGAGUUUAAUAUGAAUAAUGGAAACACUUCUGAAUUUGGUAGUUUUAUGAAAGGUUUUAGGGGCAAAUUAGGGGAUUUUUUCACAACUCAACACACCAAUUUGGUUAUAGGAACAAGGGACAAGAUGACAGUCAAUCUAGUGUUUCACUUGGUGUGCUGUGAUACAACGAUUAACGACGAUAUUACUGCCAUAGAGUACGCAGAGGAUACUGAAGUUAUUCUAAAGCAUAUGAAUAAAAUACAGCCGAUUUUGAAUGGACUAUCUAGCAUAUUGUCACUGUGUAACCAGUUUAGUGUACACACACUCCAUAUGCCAGCUUCACUCAAGUGCUGUUACAAGGUCAAUCAGUGUAAUAGUCAUGUAAUACAGUCAGAUUUUCAGUGCCAACCAAGUAGUUUUGGAAGUUACUCAUCUGCAAAUUUCAAUACGAAGGAAUCUGUUUUCGGGUGCAACAACGACUACGUAAGAUGCCUGGCUGUUGUUUCACAUCUUGCAUCUCUACUCAAUAAGAACAAGUACUCCAUAAAGAACUUUAACCUGAUUUUCCCAAAUCACCUGAAACAUACACUGCUGCCAAAAACUGCUGCUAACAUACUAACCUCAAGAGUUAACACCUUUUGAACACUGUAGUACUGGUAUACAUGUGUAUGGAGUCGACUCGUCAAGUCCUAGUUGAGAUUCCUAUAAAUUCCUUAAUUUUGUUUAAUUUUUUAAAAAUUUAA